UUCAUUGAAUGAGUGAGGGGCGGAGGAAGAGUUGCUAUUCAGUAGGAUUUGUGUUGAAGACUGUGUUGUGUAUAUCUACAUAUGACAGCAGAGCGGAUCUACACCCCAGAGAUGGCAGCCCUUCAGUAAGAUGUUGGAAAAGACAAUAACUGAAGAAAAUUAUCACCGUUGCUGUCCCCAAUCAAGACUGACCUAGAAUGUUAAAUGCUCUAAUAUAUAGGGUACAAACAACUAUUUCAGAAGAGAUACCUUUAUGUUACACAUUUGUCUUUAAGUCUAGUAUAGGACUACUAGUUAAUGAAACAUAUUGUAACAUUUCCUCUCUACUAAGCUAAGAUGAUUGUGGUCUCCUUGCCAAGAUGUCUACACAUCUGGGUGUCAUUGGCAUUGGUGCCCAGACUACAAGGCAGGGUCUCGGCUCCAGCACACCUGGAAGCCCUGGUGGAACAUCCCUUCACUCUGAGCUGCACACUGGUCAAGGCUAAAGGAGAAUCAGUUCAUCAGAUCCGCUGGAUGGAUGUUCAGAACCAGACAUUAAUCGCUUACCAGCCUGGUCAGCAAGACAGCUUGAGUGGUCAACAGCAUGUGGAGCUAGCUGCCUCCCCCCGUGAUGCCAGUGCUAUCACCAUCAAACGGGUCAGCUACAGGGAUGAGGGAUGCUACACUUGUAUCUUUGACGUUUACCCCAGAGGAUCAAGGGAGGGACAGACCUGCCUUACUGUUACUGCAUCCGUGAUUCCAGAUGGUAACAAGACUGCAGUGGGUGGUAAACACACCUCUCUGGCCUGUCGGUUUGGCCUGCCUGAGAAAGUCAAGCAGGUGUUGUGGAAGAAGAUUGUUAAUAAGGCAGAAUCUCGUGAAGUUGCGUUUUUCGCUAAGCAGAGUGAUCCUGUAAUUGAAAAAGAGUAUGUGGACCGUGCAAGUCUAAGCCCUUCCCUGUCUGACACCCAGCUUACAUUAUGGCCAGUCAGAACUGAAGAUGAGGGCUGCUACACCUGUGAGUUCCACACGUACCCAGAUGGCACUAAGAGUGCCACAAGUUGCCUCACUAUAUUUGUCCUGCCUAAACCUCAAGUAAGCUACAAGACCACAUCUCCAGGAGUGAUUGAGGCUAACUGUACUGCCAUUGCCCGGCCACAGGCUGAAAUAGUAUGGAACGUUGAGGGUGAUAACAGGACCAUUGGUCCACCUGUAUCUACCGCUAUCCAGCAGAGUGACGGCACUACUCUGGUCAUCAGUACAUUGACCAUACGGGCUGGACUCCUGAAGGAUGUCUCUGUCAAAUGUCUUGUUCACCACAAAGGACUUGAGACUGCCAUUGCUGUUUCUAUGAACACUAAGAUCGGGACAGCGCUUGCUAUCCUGAUAUCAGUGACAACUGUAGCAUUCCUUCUGGUUCUCUGCUUGUGUAUCUGUUUGUGGAAGUGUGUCCUGCGUAAGGAUGAGCCCGAAGAGCAGCGUUUGCCAAGAAGAGGCAGAGAAGACAGAGAAACAAGUAGUUGAAUAGUGAAUGACUGUGAUCAUGGCAGAAGACAAGGUUCAGUUUACAAUAUGGAUAUGCUGAGACACCUAUGAAGAAGAAAAUCUCAUGUCGUCAUUUCCCCUGCUUUUCCAGCCAAAGAAGACCAGACAUCUUUAAAUGAAGAAAGAUGUCAUUCACAUUUUAAAUCCUUGUGUUUAAGUAAGAUAUAACUAAUAUGGAGGUUAGUGUAAGGGGCUGUUAUCACAGGACGAGUUAUUGCAUUCAAACACAGCUUGACACGACACAGCAGAAUGGAAUAGAAUGCAUGGGUCUCAAGAUGCAUUUUUAAAAGUUGAAAUUCUUUUAACUUGACACACCAUAUUUAAAUGCAGUACUCAGGGGGCAAGAUAAUGAAAGAACAGCAUCCAUCUAGGCUGGGCAUUUUUGCUUUGACCAAUAUUUGGUUCCUGUUUGAAUGGCCCCUAUAAGGUACAGUAAGUAAAGAAUAACUAAUAUGAAAGUUAGAGUAAGAAUGCAUGUUAGCAUUGCCUAUAUAUAGGCUAAUUAACUGAGUGUUUGUGUGUUUAAAUGUUUAGAAUUUAGACAGAGUCCCCCUACACAUAAUUGUUGUGAAUAAUUAAAAUGUUGAGGAAUAAAUGACAGUCUCUACUGAAAAAGCUGCAUGGUUCUAUGAAAGCUUUUUGGUUUUCUGAUACUUGUAUUAUGAGCAAAUCUAUAACUUUAAAGAUUUGUUAUAAUCUUUCACAAUUUCACACAUCACUUUGUUCAUGUUUUAGGUGGAUAUCAGAUUCACAUUUUACAUUUACAUUUAUGCAUUUGGCAGACGCUUUUAUCCAAAGCGACUUACAGUGCACUUAUUACAGGGACAAUCCCCCCGGAGCAACCUGGAGUUAAGUGCUUUGUUCAAGGACACAAUGGUGGUGGCUGUGGGGAUCGAACCAGCGUCCUUCUGAUUACCAGAUUACCAGUUAUGUGCUUUAGACCACUACACCACCACCAUUCACAGCUAUUUUUAUUUUCAUUGUAAAAUGAUUAUGCAUACUGAACUUGGGUUUUAUAGACAGUGAACUAGGGCAGUGGUUCUCAACUGGUGGGUUGCGACCCAAAAAUGGGUCACAGGUCUGUUCUGAUAGGUUGUGGAGGGCAGGGAAAAUACAAUGAUACAUUCAAAUAAUCAAAUGUAACUAACCAUAUAAUCAUGCAUGUUUAGGAUAGAGGAAACACUUCCCAUAUUUUCUGUUGUUGACAUAAAAAGCUGUCCAUUAAGAAAACCUUUCGUGUCACAUGGUUAAAGUUAAAUUAGGCAAAUGCCAACAUGGACAGGUCAUAUGCCUUGCCCUCAUCCUCAAAACCAUAAACAAAACUAUGCAAAUGAAAAUAGAACCCAGACUUCUUACUUUCACUUGUCGCAAGGGUAAACAUGUUUUAUUGACCACAAAGUGUUUUGUGCUGUGAAUUAUUGGUUGCCAAGAGCAUGAAACCAUGAAUAUUUAGAAACCAAACAUUCAAUUGGGCUAAAUCAUGGUAAUAUUAAUACAUUUCAAUUAAAAAAUAUAUAUAUAUUUUACUUUAGCAUGAUAAACAAUUUUGGCUCUGUGUUGGAAUUGCAAACCCAAUUGAGAAACACUUAACUAGACAGUCCCAGAGCAAUGAUGCCCUCAGCAAAUACAUAAAGGUUGUGGUCUGCUUCUCAAAGCACUAUGCCAGAGGAAAAUGCAUUAUAUGCAGUCUGCUAGAGGAAUUUAAAUGGUUGACAAAUACUGAGGAACUGCAUGCAAUAUUAAUGGCAAACUUGAUUGAGCUUUACAUUUUGUAUAAAUGUGUACAAACCAGUUUAAAUCUGAAGGGAAUGUUUUUUAUAAUGCGCCAUGUUUUAUGCCAAACUUGCAUUACUCUACUUGCAUUAUUCAUAUGGGAAUUUUUCUAUAUUUCUGAGGAUAAACCAUGCUCAUAAAUUUAUGCAGAAUUAUUUUAAUUCAAUACAAGAACUUUUAUUUUCAUAUUUUACACUUUGUGCUUUGUGGAGGUUCUUUCCAUUGGUUUAUUGCUGUUUUGGCAGCAACAGUGCUGUAAUGACCAAUUAUUUUAGCCUCUUGAUUCAUGUCACAGAAUUAAGUAUUAAAUAUUUCAAGAAGAAUUCUUUCAUGGCCAGACCAUGAAAGAGCUUUAGUUUUUUUCUGUACGCGUGCAAAAUAUGCAGUUCUUUUAAACUAUGUUCUUGGAAGAUUCAGUGUUCCACAUUCCUUGUACACCUGGGAUGGAUUUAAGCAAAGGGAUUGGGAGGCUUGUUUAUUUUUGUUUCUUUUAUCCUAGCUACUUUGGGAUCCUGAGAACUAGACUUUUUUUUAUGCUUGUUUGCUUGUUUAAUGGUGCACUCAGUAAUUUUUUUAUCAUUAAAACAAGUUGUACUCCUUAAAAAUUUAUCGUAAUUUUGAAACAUAUGUAUAAAAUCAUACAAACUCACAUGAGAUGAAGACUCCAGUCACAUCCA